CAUGCUCAAGAUGUUUUGCUCAAUGUGUAACGCAACCGGCAAAGGACGCUUCAUUACAAAAAUUCUCACGUUUGGAGUACUAUGGGCCUUGAUAAUAUAUACUCUCUACAAAUUCAGAUCGAUAUCGAUGAUAGAUGUCCCGGUUCCGCAUCUCAAUAGCCGAUUCCUCCUUCAGAAAAGACUCGACCCACUGACAAGACAUGCAGACAGCACGACGGAAAGUAUGGAUCUGGAGCCUUUCGUAGAUAAGAGCCCGAGUUUAUCUGAAGACAAUCUGAUUGAGGAUAUACAGAAGCGGAUGCCGAACCUUCCAAUAGUCUACUGGAACAAGAACAAAAAUAAACCGAUGGGUCUCAACAACAGCUGUGCAAGAUUUCCGUCUAUGUUCGAUUUAGAAUUCAACAAUCUCUACUGGCAAACUUUGAGGACGACGAAUGGUACUUUUCAGUUGUACGGGGCGUAUUUAGACAAAAGAGCUAAUAAUAGACUGGGGCCUACCGUUAGGAUACUUGGCAUGAUAGACAGAAUAGAACCAACUGUUACAACCUACUGUCAAUUCUGGUUUGAUGGAAAAAAAGACCCCGUUAUCGGAAAGAGCUUCGAGUACAAGUAUAUUUGGUACAAAAAAUGGGGCAACUAUAAACAAGGGAUUUACCAGCCGUACCUGAUAGCAUGUGUCAUUCCCCAGAAGUUCAGAGACCACAUACCUCAGUCGAUUUCUUUAGUGGAAAAACAGUGCGACAACUCCACUAACAACCUGCGAAUCAUUUACGAAAAACCAAUUGAGAAGAAGGACUUCGCCGUUUGCGUGAAAGGGCUCGAUUUCCUCCAUGAAGAUCUAUCUGUGAGACUAGUCGAAUGGAUCGAACUUCUGAAUUUGCUUGGAGCCGACAAAGUAUUUUUUUAUGAGUUGCAAGUACAUCCGAACAUUAGUAAAGUUUUGAAGCAUUACGAGCAGGAAGGAAAGGUGCAAGUAACUCCAAUCAAUCUAGCCGGAGGACAACCGAAUGCCCCGUCUUUUCAACACCUUUACUUAACGAAGAAAACGAAUCACAAAAGGCAAAAUGAACUGAUCCCGUACAAUGACUGUUUUUACAAACAUAUGUACGAGUACAAGUACAUUGCCCUUCUAGACAUUGACGAAGUGAUAAUGCCGCUGGAAGGGACCACUUGGAAGGAGCUAAUGGAAAAAGUUCUGCCGAAAGCUUUGAAGAUCAAUAAAGAAGAAAGGGCGUCUUAUAAUGUUCGAAAUGUUUACUUUUUGGAUGAUUUGUUACAUAAUCAUGGAUGGUUCAAAGAGAUUCCUAGAUACAUGCACAUGAUGCAGCAUGUAUACCGAACAAAAAAUUUCACAAAACCAGGACAAUACGUUAAAUGUUUCCACAAUACAGAAAAGGUCCUGACCCUACACAACCACUUUCCUCUGAGUUGCCUGGGUAGUGGAUGUACGAGUUAUCCCAUCGAAACUACAGAUGCCCAACUUCACCAUUAUAGAGCUGAUUGUGUGAAAACCCUGAAGAAAACUUGUGAAGAGUUUCGAAAAACCAGCGUGAUGGAUACUACGAUAUGGAAGUUCAAAGAUACCCUAGUGGCUAGGGUAUCAUCCACUUUGAGGACUUUGGGAUUUUUCUCUAAUACCGAGAUCAAUACAAAUUCGAAUAUUCGAAAAAGAUAAUCAAAUACUGUGAAACUGUGAUUCUUGUUUUUCUUGGCCCAAAGAAAGGUCAAACGUUCUAUGUAAAUUGACCAGCACUUGAAGUAGAUGGUGAAAUCCCAGAAUACAAAAUCACAAGUGAUCGGGUUUUUGAAAUUUACAAACUGUGCUUAUUUUGAAUAUGCGGCCCAGUUAGAAAAAAUGCAUUUCAAAAAGACACUGUACUUUAAGAAAGUAGAAACUAUCGGAAAAUAAUAAGUGCCUGGAUCAAUCAAAUAUGAAAUGGAUAUUUUUUGUUGCAAUUAAAAAUCAUACAUCAUACACGUCUCACGUAGUUUAGUAACUUUUCGAGAAAUUUUCAAUGAAGUGUUUUUCAGAAAAGCAACACGUGUUCCAUAAUACAUAUUCAUAUACAAGCUAUACUAUACAGGCGUUAUAAUACUAGCUAUAGUAUAGACAGUUAGUAUAGACACACUUGAAGAAGCUGUUAUUGCUAUACAAUAGCUGAAGAAGCUGUUAUUUAGGCUUGUCUGCACUAUAGUUAGUACUAUCACAUUACAUACAUGCCCAAUUUUUCUGUCUUACAUACAAGAAGAGGUUCACAUGAGCCAUCAUACAUACAUACAAAAAGGAGUUCAUAUGAGCAAUCAUACAUUCAUACAAGAAGUGGGUUCAUAUGAGCAAUCAUACAUACAUACAAGAAGGGGGUUCAAAUGAGAAAUCAUACGUACAUACAAGAAGGGGUUCAUAUGAGCAAUCAUUCAUACAUACAUACGAGAAGGGGUUCAUAUGAGCAAUCAUACAUACAAGGAGUUCAUAUGAGUAAUCGUACAUGCAAGAAAGGGUUCAUAUGAGCAUGCAAUCAUACAUACAUACAAGAAGGGGUUCAUAUGAGCAAUCAUACAUACAAUCAUGAAUACAAGAAGAGGUUCGUAUGGGCAAUCAAUUGUGCUCACUUAUCUCCCACUUCUGUUUCAAGCAGUCUUAAUGAGUGGUAUUUAAAAAGUUUAAUUGUUUGUUGCGUUAUUCAGCUUCUGUCCCAUCUAAAAGGUGACAAUUAUAUGUCAUAGUCAGCCUGAAAGCCUCAAAUAUACUCCUAAUUUUCGUCCUCUUAGAGCUGCACAUUUUGAUAAGAAAACCUUACGGAAAGGAUAUUUUUGUAUUUGUGUUCUAUCAUCUCUGAAUUGGUAUAUUUUUCCCAAUUUCCCAUAUUUGAUUGGCCUCAAAGUUGAAAUCAUAAGCCAAAAACAAAAAAAAUCGUGAUCAACACCAGACCCAUCAUAAGUCUCAAAAGUGAUGCUGGACUGGUGUCUUUGUAAGACAAGCCCGAGCCUCAUGAAUAGUAUAACUUUUCUUGGUGGUAUUCAUCUUUUUACAUUCGUUUACCCCCCCUGAUUUUUUGUCUAAGGUAUAAAUAUAUUCAAUUUCUAAGUGAAACAUAACUCAUUACUGAUUUUAUAGACAUUUCUUGAUUUUUGAAAUUAAAUAACUCAGUAACUAAUUGUUUUUGCAAAUUCCAACGAUUCAAAAAACUUUAAAACAAUGUUUUUGAACAAUUACUCAGUAGAAUAAAAUUUCAAAGCCUCUCUCAAAAACUGUUAUCAUUGCAUUUUCUAUGCAGCUCGGUAAUAUCUGGGAUUUCACAAAUUUGAAAAUCAGUGAUAUAAUUGAUCAAAGAAUGUAAACUUUCACGGCUAGAGGAAAUUGUGUCAAAGCUAUUUUCCGGGAUUUUCAACCGCGAUCUGCAGGUUUUUAUGCCUGACGUUUCGUCUACUACUACGGUAGACAUUAUCAAAGGCAUGAGGUAACGGUCAAAGUGCUUGAGUUGUUGCUCCCAAUGCAGAAACUAUUGACUCUGGUUUUAUAUUAUUUGUAGGCGUGGCUUCUUUUCUCCCAGUUGGAUUACCUGAACUUGUUCGUGUACAAUUAAGGAUGGAUAGCUAGAUUUUAUUAAUGUUCAUUGCCUGUUCAUGGCAAUGAACAUAGUCAAAAAUGAAAACGGAAAAUAGCUGUGACACAGUGAUAUAAUUGUUGAAAAGUAUUUUCAAGUUUUGAACAGACUUUGCUGGCUGACCUUGACUAGAAAUUUUUCAGUUACCUAUUUUGAAAUGAUGAAAAAAUACUUGAUUGGUAUAUUCUACUUCAACGUCAGCUGGUCCCUACAAGUUUCUUUCAUUUGAAGCUAUCACUUUCAAUUUUUGACAAGACUGGACCAAAACACCAAAAAUUUUCUAGAUGUGUUUUUGAAGCUUUGAUUGUCUUAAAAUUCAAUCCCAUUCAGAUUAUUGUGAUGUAUUACCAUCUUGUUUUAAUUAUUCAAACAUUGAAUACAAUUUCCGCAGUUUUCAUUGAAUGUGUAAGUAAUGAAAUCAGUCCCUCUACACUCGAAGUAAGUUUAGCUUUUCCAAAAGUUUCUUUGGAGAGAAGAAUGAACUUUGAUCACUAUGCACGUGUAAAUGUAUCCGCACAUCACAUGUUUCAUUCGAAUAAGUAUGAUAUAUUUUAGUAAAUUUAUGUGAUAUGAAAUACCCCUCCUCAAUACAAGUCGUUCGAGAAAGUUUUGACUUGAAUUUUAUUCAACUAGUUGAAUAAAAAUAUUUUUGAACUGUCCAUAUUUAAGUAAAUACAGAUUCUCUAGAGUGGCUUCUGGAACUAUAUCUGUAACUUAUCAUUCAGUAGCUAGGAGUUACAUUUAGGAAUUUGUAUAUUUCUCGAAACAACUGUGAUUUCAAAUGAUGUUGAAUUAUAAAACAAUGAAAUCAAUUCUUGGUGAAUAAAAUGUUUUGCUCGAUUCCUUACAUGGAUAGCUGAAAAUAUGAAACUAAUAUGUGAAUUGUCCUAUUUUUAGUCUUUGGAUUUUGCUCAAAUUGUUGUUUAUUUGCCAUUUUAUAUUUCUUAAAUCUAUCAAUUGAUUAUAUUAGUUUUUAGUUAGUUCAUGAUUCUUUAUAUUCAAUUCACUAUGCAUAGUUUUGCUUCAUUCAUAAUGAUCAGCAUUAACACGAAAAAACGUUUUACAUACAGUUAAGAAUGAAAUUUACAAAUUCAGAUCUCCAUUUUUCGAUUUUUUUAGCUAUGUAUUAUUUGAAUUAUUUACUUAGAAAUAUAUUUUUCUUGUGAUUAACUGCCAGUAUAUCUCGCAGGUAAUCUUUUAUUUUCCUAAUAGUUAUGUACUUUUUGGAAUGUAACAAGAUGUAUCAAAAUAUUUUUGAUGUUUCAUUCAUGGUAUUUGUUGUUUUAUUGGAAAUAUUUUUUUACAUCUUCCUGUAAAUAGUAUCCCCACAGCAAGGGUCUUAUACUUUUAGAUUGUACUCUGCAUAUUGAUAAAAAAUGUGCCUUUCAGUGAAUUCAUAUCUCGAAUGAAUAUAGCCAAGUACUAUUUAUUAUGUAUUUAUCAAUUUUGUAUGUAAUUACCGAAAUACAAUUAGUUCAAAUACAAUUGAAGUAUUGAA